AUGUUAGCGCUCAACUGGGGCAUGAUGGCAGCUCGCGAUAAUAACACUGUAUACCUCAACACUGCCGCACAACGCGGGAGGUUUACUUUCACAUGGGAUGAUCUUGAGUACCCAGGCGGAGGGACCAUGACUCAUGAAUCUCACUUGCACGUUUUUGGACAAGUGUUUAUUGGCAUAGGGUCGAAGAAGGGUUAUGCUCGAGAUAAAGCGGCCCUCAAUUUCUUCCAAACUCAUCCGCAAUACUACCCCCGACAGGACAUCCUUCCGCAGGCCCACCACGCUGCCCGCCCAUUCUAA